UAAUUUAGCAUCUUUUGUCUGCCUAUUUAAGGAAGAUAGCAAAACAUAUAUUGGGGGUAUCCUUUCACUAAAUUAUCACAUAUCGAUCGUUAUUCUUUAUACUAGUCAUUUUAUACAACGCCUCAACAAUUCGGUAAACUAAAGAGAUCGACAACUAAGUAUGAAGUUGUCAGCAACAACAAUAUGGGUUCUUCGUUGGUGCAUGAUGAUGGUUGUUGUGGUUGCGGUUGCGGUUGUGCCGCCAUCACUAGCAGUAGUAGAAGAUGAAGAAAUGAUUGAAAACCUAAGAUACACCACUGUAACAUUUGAACUAACAAAUGGUGUUACAGGCUACUCAAGUUUCAUGACAAGGUUGCGCAACGCUGUGGAAGCCCCAACUAGAGCGUGCGGGUUACAAUCAACACGAAGCACACCAUUACCAGGAGCCGAAUACAUUCACGUAGACCUCAAAAUCAGCAACACACAAUGGGUUACUUUAGGAAUAGAUGUCAAAGACUUCUAUGUUUGGGGUUAUCAAGACAAUGUUAGAUAUAACGGCAAUUAUAGAGCAAGUUUCCUUAAUGAUGCCCCUCAAGCUGCUAAGAACAACCUUUUCCGUGGUUCAACAAUUAGAACCACUAGGUUCGGAGGUAACUAUAACAGUCUUGAGCCGGCUGCCGGUAUUACUCGAAGGAACCUUGUGCUAGGAAUUCAGAACCUUGACGGGGCUAUAAGAACGGUGUACGGGAAACAAGAAAGUGAGUUAAACAAGGGUAAUGCAGAGGCUAGGUUUUUCCUUAUUGCCAUCCAAAUGGUUGCGGAGGCAGCACGUUUUAAAUUCAUGGAGGAGGCCAUUGUUAGGAAUGAUAACACACCAGAUUUCAAAAGGAAAAUGGUGGCUUUCCAGAAUGAUUGGGAUCCGAUCUCAACUGCGAUUCAUAGAGCAGAAGCCGCAACACCAAAAUGUACAAGGAUUACGCCAACCCUCGUAAUCAGUAACACUGAGUACAGACAAGAGGUGAAUACAGUUGCUGAAAUAAAAGAUGAUAUGGGUCUUCUUAAGUAUAGAUCCACUACCCUUAGCAGUAUUGCAAGCUCUAUUCUGGAUGAUGAUGAAUUUCUUGAAUCUGCAUUGAUCUGAUUUGUACAGAUCAGAUUGCCUCGCUGGCAUACUUGGCUUAUACAAUAGUACGUAGUACGUGUGUAUGUCAUAAUAAGUAACUAUCUGUUACAAAAUAGUAUAAUCUCUGAUCUUAUGUAUUGGGCUCUAGUCGCCGGCUGCAAAGACAUACAUGUUAUCCAUCUACAACUAAAUGAAUAAAUCUUUCUGUUUUAUCAAA